AUGGACCCAGCUCAGGCAGCCGAGCUGUCCGCGACAGUGGCCGAGAAGAUUCUGCUCUACCGAAAGGAUGAGAGCGGGUGGAAGACGUGUCGGAGCGGCAAUGAAGUUACAGUUUCUUGGAGGCCUUCUUCGGAGUUUCCUGGGAACCUGUACAAAGGCGAAGGAAUAAUAUAUGACACCCUUGAUCGGGUGUGGAAAUUCUUAGAUCCAGCAAGAAAUGCACUUCGGGUAAAAUGGGAUCAGAAUGUGAAGGACUUUCAAAUUCUAGAAGUAAUCAAAGAUGAUCUCUUCAUAACCAGAACAAUCACACCAUCAGCUGCCAUGAAACUCAUUUCUCCUAGAGACUUUGUGGACCUGGUACUAGUCAAAAGAUAUGAUGAUGGGACUAUAACCUCUAAUGCUACCAAUGUGGAAUAUCUGCCUUGUCCUCCUCAAUCAGGUUAUGUAAGAGGGUUUAAUCAUCCCUGUGGUUGCUUUUGUGAACCUGUUCCAGGGGAACCAAACAAGACCCACGUUGUCAGUUUCUUUCAGACUGACCUCAGUGGCUACCUUCCCCAGACUGUGGUGGAGUCCUUUUUCCCUCACAGUAUGGCUGAAUUUUAUAAUAAUCUUCAAAAAGCGGUGAAAAAACUUCAAGUAUGACACUAUUCUCCAUGGAGAAACACCCCGUCUAACCCAUUCAGAAACUGGAGUUGCUGGGACACAAGUGAGAUAUUGAAGGCAGAACUGUUUGGGCUUUCCUUUCUAAAUAAAAUAAAGAAGAUGAAGAAGACCAAGAUAGCCAAUGGGGAUUCUGCUUUCCCUGAUACCAGCCAUUGACAUAUUUCCUUAACUCCUCUUCCCCAUGGCUUUCGCCAAAAAAAGAAAGGGAAAGGGAAAGAAAAGGAAUCAGAUUUUGUAAAGUCCUUUAAUAUAUAAGAUAUUUUA